CCGACUCAGCUGCGCCUGCGCCGGCGCCGCGCGCGAACCCGAGCGCUAGCCCGCCGAGCGCGCUCCCCCGCGACUGCGACUGCGCGGAGCCCGUGGCCCCGCCGCUCCCGCCGGGGGCUCGUAGCUGGGCGCCUGGGCCAUGGGAGAGGCGGAGGUGGGCGGCGGGGGCGCGGCGGGUGACAAGGGACCGGGGGAGGCGGCCACCAGCCCAGCCGAGGAGACAGUGGUGUGGAGCCCCGAGGUGGAGGUGUGCCUGUUCCACGCCAUGCUGGGCCACAAGCCCGUCGGUGUGAACCGGCACUUCCACAUGAUCUGUAUCAGGGACAAGUUCAGCCAGAACAUCGGCAGGCAGGUGCCAUCCAAAGUCAUCUGGGACCACCUGAGCACCAUGUAUGACAUGCAGGCCCUGCACGAGUCCGAGAUUCUUCCAUUCCCGAAUCCAGAAAGGAACUUUGUCCUUCCGGAAGAAAUCAUUCAAGAAGUUCGAGAAGGAAAAGUGGUCAUUGAAGAGGAAAUGAAGGAGGAGAUGAAAGAAGACAUGGACCCCCACAACGGGGCCGACGAUGUUUUUUCAUCUUCAGGAAGCUUGGGGAAAGUAACGGAAAAGCCCGGCAAAGACAGAGACAAGAACCCCUCGGACUUGGGGGCCAAGGACGGGGCGGACAAGCGCAAGCGCAGCCGGGCCGCCGACAAGGUCCUCACGGCCAACAGCAACCCCUCCAGCCCCAGCGCCGCCAAGCGGCGCCGGACGUAGCCGCCCCACGAGGAGGGCCGGCGGCGCCCCCUCCCCGUCCGGAGUCCGGACAACGCGAAAAGCCGGGAUCGCCGGUUCAGGCUGAGAGCGCGCUCAGUGGUGGCCUCGGGGGCACGGAGCUGCUGCCCGCCCGAGUGACAGACGCCGCCUGGCAUGAGGAGCAGGGAGGCCCGACGGCCCCGCCCUCCCAGGGGCACCCGUCUCCCUGCGGGUCCAUCUGUCCACCUGUCCGCCCGCCGCCCUUGUUCAAGCGACCGUGACCUCCAGGGAAAGGCCACCGGGCCUUGUGCGCACGCCCCUCUGUCGCCCGAGAAGCUGGGAACUGGAUAUUUGGCCUCAUUCACUUGUACUGUAACGAUGUAUAUAAUUUGGUUGCUGUUUCACUAUUUAAUUUCUAAGAAGCCUAUUUUACUAGUGUUUUAUAUGAAAAAAAUACGGCAGAAGUUAAGAACCUGUGUUGUAUUUUUUCCGAGAUGUUUUGUUGUAAGGUAACGACCACUGAGAUACUUUUUGCUCAGUUUUUAUACGCCAGACAGAGAGUUUGUGGCUAUUUUUGUAUUACCGAGUAACUUGCAAACAGACCGAACUCUCGCGUGGAGGGCGGCCCGCCGGGGCUGCUGCCAGGCCGGGGACUAGGGGACAUUAAAGCCCAGAAAAGCGACCUGGACUCCUGUGGUUUUCAUGCCAAGAUAAGUGACCGUUUGCU